CAGGUGCAAAUUCAAUAAGCAUCAGCUUGUUUUCACAGGCGGUCUAUGGUACGCAGUGUCCUCAUGUCUUUGGACAAACCGGAUUCUAGAUGUAGGGCCCCAAGUCGGACAGAUCGGUCCCGCAUGCCCUGAGCUUGAGAAGUUCUUUGUCAAACGGUUAGGGGUCAAGAUUGCGCCCGACACUACACCCCUCCCUCCUAUCCCUUGGAUUCCCAAAUCAUCCAUGGAGAUGCCGAAACCGAAAGAUCUCAGUUCGCUGUAAAGCGAACCGAAUCCCGCCCGCAAAACUCGCAUAGAAGACCCGAAACGGGGAGAAGAUGUCGAUAAAACUAAAAAGGAGGUCAAGAGAUAUAUUGCAAUUCGCCUUCCGCCAUCCCCAGGAAUGCCGCAGCAACGGCUGCGCAAGCUGAUUCGGACGCUAGCCCACUCCGCUACUUCCGCCUCGUCUGAGCAAUCUACCUGCCGUGCAGCACCAUCCGCUGAUGGCUCAGCUUCUACAAGCCUAGUCAAGGAGUCAGGUGAUGUAGAUCUGACGCAGCACAAAGAGCACAAAUUUGUUGAAGGAAAGAAGUCGACGGAACCCGGCACUCAACACCUCAAUCUGAACUCUUCUUUCCUCUUCCGGGAACGAAGCCCAGGUUCAUGGCAACGUGUGGAGCUGUCAAGCCCGAGCCAUUCGCGUGCGCCUUCUGCUAGCUCCGAGAAGGCUAUCCCCUCGAGUCCGUUAUUGCAGAAUCUAUCCCUUGCUUCGGACGUUUCUGAGCCGUCUUCUAGCCCUUCGACUGGUUCUAAUGGAUACACAGACCUGGUUGUGAGGCCGGUCGUCAGAGACGAAGGUGUUUGAGGUGGGUUACGGACCUUGUGGAGGUCAUGUUAUUCUUGAGAGGCAACAGCGAGCGUAAAGAUGACCCAGGCGCAGAGAACGAGGGCAUAUCCUCGGACAUCGCAUCAGCUGCGCUUCGUUGCCCACCAACGAACCCUUCCUUCAUCCACACCCAACGAAUACAUAUCCUUUAAAACUUCUACAGCUGGAGUGAAUCGGCCGCUGUCCCUGCUAGCGGUGGCAGCGUCAAGUGUAUAUCAUUUGCCGUUGGAUCACUUCAAGCACGCUUACUCAUCCACAUGUUGAUUUGUUGAAGCUCAGCCUCUUUACACUACAUCCUGCCCUGCUAUCAUUUUUUGAUCGUCCUCGGGGCAUCCC